AUGGCCAGCGCCACUCUCGUCAAGCAAAAGGUCCACAGAGCCGAGGACAAGACAAAAUCGAAAACCAAAGCCGCCAUUGAGUUCGCUCAGCAGGCCGAAAGACUUGGUCAAUAUGCCCCCGGUCAAGAGAACGAGGCUACCGGCUCAACCCAGGCUGUCGAGGCUCGAUUCGUCACUGCGCAGGAUCCCGUAAUCCAAACCGCAGAUGGAGGACGAUUACCCGCAGUACCCAUCGACGAGGCCACGAAGCUUAACAAGCUGAGAGACAUAGUUGACCACCGCGAUCCUUCGCAAAAUGAACCCGUAAAAGCAGAGGCACGCGAGUCCAAGGAUGGCACGAUACAUGGCGUCCGUCCAGAAAAGCCUCAUUCAAGGGAAUCAGGAAAGGCCGAUGCUCCGCUUGGAGCUCAACACCCGCCCUCGAGAACGAAUCCGCUGUUUCCUCCAAUGCCCAUACGGGUGGCUGAGAGAGCUUGGAAACAGGGGAAGAAGGGCGAAUUCAUCGCGAGUGUCAUGGACGGCGAGGAAGGCAACCCUGCAAACGACUUCAUUCCGCUUGAAGGUGGUCCGGACACGAUCCCCUGCGAUAUCCGAUACUACGCUCGCCGCGUUGGGCUCGACUGCGAAGUAUUCGAGGUCCAGACCGAAGAUGGUUUCAUCAUCGAGCUUUGGCAUUUAUACACCCCGCGCGAAUACCGACGAGCGAAGCCGUCUGAGCGUACACCGCACGCUCCCGACGUUUUUCCCGACAAUGGGUCUACGGAUGGCGUAGCGGGCUCACAGUACACGCCGGGCGAAAAGAAGUACCCGGUCCUCAUGAUCCACGGCCUUCUCCAGUCCGCAGGCGCUUACUGUACGAACGAUGACGAUAGCCUUGCUUUCUUCCUCGCCAAAUCCGGCUAUGACGUCUGGCUCGGCAACAACCGAUGUGGCUUCAACCCGCGCCACACGAUGCUCAAAUAUUCGGAUCCACGCAUGUGGGCCUGGAACAUCAGGCAGAUGGGAGUCAUGGAUCUCCCAGCUCUGAUCUCGCGCGUUCUGACUGAAACUGGCUUCCCAAAACUUGGCCUAAUUGCGCAUAGUCAGGGUACAACGCAGAGUCUCGUGGCCCUCGCAAAGGAGCAACGCCCUGAGAUCGGUGAAAAGAUAAGUGUAUUCUGCGCUUUGGCACCGGCUGCCUACGCCGGUCCUCUAAUCGGAAAGAUGUAUUUCAAGUUCAUGCGCGUCAUUAGUCCGGGCAUGUUCCGCGCCAUCUUUGGCAUCCACGCUUUCAUCCCCUUCAUGAUGACUAUGCACUCUAUGUUACCCCCACGCUUCUAUGGGGCGAUGGGCUACCGCGUCUUCUCCUUUCUCUUCAACUGGACCGACGACCGCUGGGAGCGGGAUCUACGCGACCGCAUGUUCCAGUUCGCACCCGUCUACGUCAGUGCAGAAAGUAUGCGCUGGUGGCUCGGCCGCGAGUGCUUCGCAAAGCAAAAAUGCAUCCUCGCUACGCGCGAAGAGAAGAGCAUCGAAGACAGGGAAGACGAGCAAGAAGACCAACAACUCGCCCGCUCCUCCGAAUCCUCCGACAGCGACGAAGACAACGAACUGGGCGACUCGCAACCAGGCCCCAACGCCCUCUCCAACAACGCAAGCGGCGGCCUCCAACGCCGCGACAGCAACCGCGCCCGCUUCGCCUGGUACGGCCCGCGAACUCCUCCCUUCGCCCUCUGGGUCUGCGGCGCAGACGAUCUCGUCGACGGACGGCGCCUCCUGCGCCGCUUCGAGCGUAACCGCGAGCCCUUUGUCGACGUCGUGCACUCCAAGAUCAUCGAGGGUUACGAGCACCUCGAUGUCAUCUGGGCUAUGGACGCUAUCGAGAAAGUGGGUAAAGAGGUCAGGGAAGUGAUUUGGAAGACGGCGCCUAAGGAGGCGAGACGCGUGUGUCGGACGCCGAGGGGCUGUGGGGAGAUUAAAGAGCAUGAGUUUUACAAGAGGAUGGCGGAUGAGAGAGAGUGUGCAACGAGGGAGGUAGAUGUUACGGCGGGGGAAUGGAGUGAGAAGGGGAAGGAGCAGGUUGGUGGGGGAGCCGGGGAGGGCAACAGGGACUUGGAGGGAGAGAUUCGCGAGGUGGAGGAGAGGGUUUUGUGAAGAGAGUGGGCAUGCUUUUGGUCUUCGCAGUGGGUGGUCCACGUGGUUUUGGUGGUAUACAUGGGCAUUUACUUCUAGCGUUGCAUUGCCUGAUCAGUUUCGGUACAGUACACAUGAUAUCCCUUCCCUUUUGGCGUCAAGUAGACUAGCUAGAUCAGAUAAGCAUACACAUAAAGUGGAGUGGACUAGAUGAGAACUUGUAAGAGCCCAGACUGUUCCGACUGCUGGCAUGGCAGGAAUACGGUCAACGCCGGGCUGGCAGAAAAUGCUCCCAUGCCUGAGUGCCUCAACGGAUUGAGUACAUGUCCAUGGCACUUCCGGCGUUUAUAACUUAG